AUGGGUUCCUUAUCAGUAUCGACCAAUGCCUUGGCAUCACCUUUGGCCACGCACCGCAACAAGGAGAAGCCUGCUGAUUUGAAUGUCCGCAAUGUUGUGCUUGGGGAUAUUCUCUUCAAGACAUGGUAUCCAUCUUUCUAUCCAGAGGAGCUGGUUGGAAGGGAGCUUGAGAGGCUGUUUGUCUGCCCAUGGUGCUUCAAAUACUCUAAGGACCUCAUGCCUUACCUAGCACACACAAAGGUGUGUCCAUUGAAACAUGAAGGUCCCCCUGGAAGACCAAUCUACUCGCGAGACCUGCACGCUAUCUACGAAGUAGACGGCGAGGAACACCAGCUUUUCGCCCAGAAUCUGUCCCUCUUUGCGAAGCUCUUUCUCGACAACAAGUCCAUCUUCUUCGAUGUCACGUCCUUCAACUACUACCUCCUCGUCCACACCCCCAACUCCACGAGCUCGCCUCAUCUCCAGGUCGUCGGCUUCUUCAGUAAAGAGAAGAUGAGCUGGGACAAUAACAACCUGGCCUGCAUCCUCGUGUUCCCGCCUUGGCAGCGCAAAGGCCUUGGCAAGAUUCUCAUGGGUGUAAGCUACGAACUCAGCAGGCGAGAGAAUCGCAUUGGUGGGCCAGAGAAACCAUUGAGUGAGUUGGGUAGGAGAGGAUACAUGCGAUUCUGGGAGGCCAGAGUUGCAAGGGCGAUUCUGGAACUAAAGGCCAAGCGAACGCUGAGUGUGGGGGAGAUUGCGGAGGUGUGUUGGGUGCUGCCUGAGGAUGUGGUGGCCACGUUGAAAGACAUGGGAGUGCUGACAGCAAGUAAGAGGGCCGAUGGUGCUGUAGUAUUCAAUAAGGCGAGGUUGAGGGAUUACGUCUCGAAGAGAGGGUUGGAUCUUGCGCCGCCAGUUAGUGAGGAAGGCUUUUUGGACGAAUGGAUGCCUGGACCUGAGGAGAGUGAGGUCUAA